AUGACGCUGGACGAACAGAUUACCCCUGAUCCGGAUUUGCAUCUGUCGAAAGACAUCACAGAUCCCGAUGAUUGGCAAUCGGAGACCACCUCGCUUGCCUCGACGAUCUGCAAAGGUCUUCUUGAAAAUGGUCGAAGAUACCAAACCCUGAGGGCUACAGACUCUCAUGUUCCAUCCGAUGACCAGAUGUUUGAGACUUAUGAACUUUCGCACUUGCUUGCGUUCAUCAUAGAUUCUCACCUUCCAAACCCUCUGUUUCAAGCGCCAGUGAAAACACCGAAGAACAUUCUUGAUAUCGGAACUGGAAAGGGUUCAUGGGCCAUUGAUGUUGCCGACAUGUUUCCGGAAGCAACUGUCCGUGGUGUGGAUCUCUUCCCACCCCCGGUCACUUGGCUUCCACCAAACUGCGUCUUAGAGGUGGACGAUAUUCUUCAACCGUGGACCUGGCGUGAGCCUUUUGAUUUGGUUCAUCUGCGGCUGCUUGACUCUGCAUUUACGCCCGAGGAAACCGACCUCGUGUAUAAGCAAUGUUUUGAACAUAUUCGACCUGGCGGAUGGAUCGAGCAGCUCGAGAUGAGCUCUUUUGUCGACUGCGACGAUGGAAGUAUGCCUGAGGAUAGUAUCCUCAGAGGCUGGGGUCCUAGAUUCACCCUCGCCGCCGACAAAGCAAACAGACCCCUUGGUAUCAUGCGAACUUUCCGUGAGUCCAUUGAGAAGGCUGGGUUUGUAGAUGUCCAUAUCAAAGAUUACAAGUGGCCCAUCGGCCCCUGGGCCAAGGACAAGCAGUUGAAAGAGGUGGGCGCGGUCAAUUUCCGACACUGGCAGACUGGAAUGGAGGGGUACGGCAUGUGGCUAUUGACCAAGUUUGGCGACCCUGUGCCCUGGACCAAGGAAGAAGUACAGGUCUAUGUGGCUAAGAUGCGGAAGGAAUUGUCUAACCCUCGCAUCCAUGUUUAUCAAAAGGCGAGAAGAAUCUGGGCUAGAAAGCCUCUCGAAGGCGAGAAGGUUAAAAAAGAGGAAGAGGAGAUUAAACAGGAGAAAUAA